UUUCAUAACAUUGGCUUCGUGGGUGCUUUACUUUCGCAUAUUUUGAAGAUCCAUCGUGUUUUUGCAAGGUGUAAGGAUGACAUCGCAUUUAGAAAUCUUACAUAUGGUCGCCUGAGUUUUGUUUACUUUGAAAUUCGGCAUUGAUUGCUCUGUCAAUCACACCAGAUCCUGACAUAGGAGAUUGGUCGAGGCAGCCAAUAUAACUCAGUUUCUGAUGGCUUUGAGCUUUAACGAGAACAGAUUCAUUUCACUUCUCCCCAGGACAACAGAGUCUUGAAUACAAGUUCGGAUCUAUCUUUGUUCCGAGAUGAAUGUCACAACCCAGAUAACAACUUUGUUCAACGUCACUUCUUCAAUGUGUAUGAUGACGUCACCUUCAGUUAACAACUCCAACAACAAUUCAUGUGUAGACAACAUAACCACUGAUUGCGGACCAUCUCAUAAUUCAUUCACAGAAUAUGACGAGUAUAUUGCGGCCCUGUUUAUCAACAAGAACUAUUUGUACUUUAUCGUGGGCUUGGGUAUCCCAGGGAAUAUUGCAGCAAUCAUUACUGUCUGCAAAAUGAAACCUUUUACUUCCUCUUCCGUUUUUAUGAUCGCGUUGGCAACAAUGGAUUCUUUCAAUCUCAUCAUAAAAGAACUUUAUUAUCAGUUAACUUACUAUGACAUUCAAAUGUAUGACAUAGGGUGUCAAUUGAUGAUUUUUCUCGGCACGUUUGCAAUGCAGUAUGCCAACUGGAUUCUAGUGGCAAUGACUGCCGAACGGUUUAUAGCCAUAAAAUUCCCAAUGAAAGUCCAAGAAAUAUGCACCAAGACGAAAGUGAUCAUCGUCCUUGUUGUACUUGGUCUUGUGUUGGCAAGCCUCAACUCUCACUUCUUUGCAACAAAGCGGGAAGGGUACACAGCCUUAAGGAAAUAUUCCUGUAUGAGUAAAGUCGGCUACGAUAACUUUUAUACAAAGAUCUGGUAUUGGAUAGAUGGCGUUGUGUAUGCCAUGGCUCCGUUUUGUUUAUUGACCAUUCUGAAUUUCCUCAUCAUCGCUGGCAUAAGAGAUUCUGUGAAGAAACAAAAGGAUUUGACCAACCUUCAACAGAAACAGUCCAAACAACACACACAGAUCACCGUUAUGUUGGUAACCGUAUCCGUGGUUUUCACGGUCUUAACUAUGCCCAACUGUAUUUUCUUCAUCUAUGAUGGUUAUUGGGACUUCGAAAAAAGUUGUUACGAAACGGCGCUCUAUCAUUUGAUUUAUCAAGUCGUUUUUGUUCUUUCUGAUCUGAAUCACGCGGUAAAUUUCUAUUUCUAUUUUCUCAGCGGAAAGAAAUUCCGUAAACAUUUUCUCAAACUUAUUUGUUGUUCAAAGAGAAAAUUUCAUGGAACAACAGCAACAACAAUUACAAGAUCAUCUAGAUAUCACAUGUCCGUCACAUCUACACCCAGCAGUCAUUCGUUAGUCGAUCAUGACGCUACAUGCAAUCCAAGCACUAAAAUUAGUAACAGAUGGUAAUGCAUUAGUGUAUUUUUCCCGACUGAAUAUUGUAGUAGUUUAUUGUUAUGUAUAGUAAUGGUUUCAUUCUGCUUAAGACUUUAACAAAUUUGUUAUGAAUGUAUAUGCAAAAGAUUUCAAACUAUCGACAUUCCAACUGAUUUGUUUUUGAUAGAUGUGAAGAAAUCAUCCGUGUUAGUUAAAUGAAACAAAGUACAAUUAUUCCCCCUCCCCUCUUUUCAAAGGGUACCAAAAUAUAACAAUAAAUUAUAUUUGCGUC